AUGGCGAGAGUUCAAACCUUGAAGAUUGAGUUUAAUGUUCUUUGGAUGAAGGAAACCGAGACGAUCGAUGAGUUCGCAGGAAAAAUCAGCGGAUUAGCAAGCAAGUUCACCACCCUCGGGGUUGCACUUGAGGAUUCAUCAUUGGUCAAGAAGCUCCUCGAUUCCGUCCCCGACAAAUAUCUUCCCUUUGUCGCCGGAAUCGAGCAAUUCCAAGAUCUCGAAACCAUGUCGUUUGAAGAAGCAAUUGGACGGAUGAAGGCGUACAAGGAACGAACAACACGACUCCGAGAAAACAAUAACAACACCGAUAGACAACUCCUACUUACCCAUGCAGAAUGGAAAGCUAGACAAAAAGGACAUAGUGGUGACAACUCCUCAAUGAACAAAGGGCGCGGAUUUAGUGGUACCGAUCGAGGAAGAUGGCGAGGACGUGGUCGUGGCACUGAGCGUCAAAAUAGUGCGGGAGGCACUACCAACACUGGAAAUGGCACUCGUGAUAAAAGUCAUAUUAAGUGUUUCACUUGCAACAAGAUGGGACAUUACGCGUCGGAAUGUUGUGGAAAAGGUCGUGACGACGAAGCUCAUCUAACUUGUGUCGUCGAAGAAGAACCGUCUUUGAUGAUGGCCAUGUCCCAGGAGGGGACACGCACUAGAUGUGAUCAGGAGGAUGCCAUAUUACUCAGCAAAGAGCGGUUGUUGCCAGAGAUGUAUUGCAAUGACAAUAAUGGAGAAAAUAAUGAUGUUUGGUAUCUUGACAACGGUGCUAGUAACCACAUAACUGGUCAUCGUGAGAAGUUCCAAGAAUUAGAUGAAAGCUUCACUGGCAGGGUGAAGUUUGGCGAUGGAUCAACCAUUCAGAUUCAUGGAAAAAAGAACAGUCAUGUUCGAGUGCAAGAACGGUGA